GCUGGUUCCUGCGACCAUGUUACUUGCUCCUUGGUUGAUUACUGUUCAAUCCUCUACCAUGCGCCAUUUCCCCUCCGUAUCUUCCGAUCUGCAACCUCGACCGUCAGUCCGCUGAUCCCUCGCGCUCGUCUUGUGCGGGCUCAUCGCGAUUCCAAAAUCCAAGAAUUCCACGGCCGAGCGAGCAUGGGCGGCCAGGAUAAGCAGGUCGCCUUCGAGGACCCUCACUCCAGCGCCAGCGAUGAGGAUGCCAAGGCCGUCGAGGUAACCUUCGACGCCGGCAGCGUCUACCGUCGCAAGAGCUCCCUCGUCCCCUCCGAGGCGCCAAUCCCCAAGCUGCGCCAGCAGCACAACGACAAGACGCAAUGUCUCGUCCACCAGUUCCUCGAGUCGCAGAAGCGGGCCCGCCACGCGCAGCACGAGCACCAGCAGCAUGAGAAGGACAGGCACCACGAGCACCACGUCGACAGCGCCUCCAUCUCCGAGAACGGCCUGUCCGACCAGCGACUCGUCGAGCCCAAGGGCAAGUGCGCCAUCCUCUCCCGCGGUACCGACGCCGACGCCGGCAGUGACACCGGCCAGACCGACGAGCACGAGUGGGCCAAGCAGAUCGCCAAGUCGACCUCGGACGUCGACAAGUCCCAUGCCGAGGCCGAGCACGAGCUGCACAGCCGCCUGCUGACCAAGAAGCAGCUGAGCGAGAUGGCCUGGGGCGUCAGGGAGCUGAGCAGGCGGCUGGGGAGCAUGCGGCUCAAGUUCCGCGUGCGCAACGUCUUCAUAUUGACCAAGGUCUACGAUCGCGACCUGAUCCCCAAGGCGCGGGAGCUGGCCCGGUGGCUGCUGGACAAGGACCGGGACGUGAGGUAUACGGUAUACCUGGAGCGGGACCUGAAGACCAACAAGCAGUUCAACGCCGAGGGGCUGGUCGAAGAAUUAAAGAAGGAUUAUAUCCAGGCCGGCGAGCUCGAGGAUGAGAAUGCGCACACAAUAUCGCGACGCCUGAGAUGGUGGGACGAGCACAUGUGCCGGACGAGGCCACACACUUUCGACUUCGCCAUAACCCUGGGCGGCGACGGCACGGUGCUCUACGCCAGCUGGCUAUUCCAGCGCAUCGUGCCGCCCGUGUUGAGUUUUGCGCUGGGGAGCCUGGGCUUCCUGACCAAGUUCGACUUUGAGGACUACCAGAACACACUCAGCGGGGCCUUUAAGGAGGGCGUAACCGUUAGUCUCAGGUUACGAUUCGAGGGAACCAUCAUGAGAAGCCAGAAGGGAAAGCGGCAUCCAGGCCUGAUAGCGGACGGCACCGCCGGUAGUUCAACCACUUCAAGUGAGGAAGACGAGGAGAGCACGCUGCGAGACCGGGACCUGGUAGAAGAGCUGAUUGGUGAAGAAAAAGAGGACGAGCACACACACAAGCCUGACGGAACGUACGAGAUACUAAACGAGAUCGUGGUAGACCGGGGGCCGAACCCGACAAUGUCUUAUCUUGAAAUCUUCGGCGACGACGAGCACUUCACCUCAGUCCUCGCCGACGGCAUAUGCGUGUCGACCCCUACCGGAUCGACAGCCUACAACCUCGCUGCUGGCGGCUCACUCUGCCACCCAGAGAACCCGGUGAUGCUGGUGACAGCCAUCUGUGCGCACACGCUGUCCUUCCGGCCCAUCAUCCUGCCCGACACCAUUGUACUGCGGGUGGGCGUGCCGUUCUCGGCGCGCACGAGCUCCUGGGCCAGCUUCGACGGCCGCGAGAGGGUCGAGCUGUUCCCGGGCGACUAUGUCACCAUCUCGGCCAGCCGCUUCCCCUUCGCCAGCGUCCAGGCCGAGGGUCGCCGCUCGGAGGACUGGGUAAAUAGUAUCAGCGGCAAGCUCGGGUGGAACACGAGACAGAAGCAGAAGGCCUAUAAGGAGUGGGAGCACUGAGGAUCCGCGGCGGCCGCCGCCGCCGUGGCACGACUGUAGUGUGUGAGAUCGCUUUGCGGGACCGACGGGCGUAUAUAUAGUGCGGGCGUUGGAAUUGGCAAUCACAUAGCGGGGGCUAACCAUCUUGAUGAGCGAACGACUUGCAUUCUAGACAAAGCAAGAGGAAUAAAUUUCGCCCAAUGAGCAGACCUGGUGUCUGUCACUUGCGAAGAUCGCAGGCGGGCGGGUCGAAACGGACAAACACCGGAAAUAGAAACAUCAAUGGCACCGCAUAAUCGCG